CUCUUCAACUAUUUUCGAGAACGAAUUAAACUCAUUAAGCAAUUUGCAGGCGGAGAGUCCGGAUCGGCGGAUACCGUACGUGAUCCUCGUGGAUUUGCCAUAAAAUUCUACACAGGAGAAGGUAACUGGGAUCUGGUCGGCAACAAUACACCAAUCUUCUUCAUUCGUGACCCUAUUCAAUUUCCGAAUUUCAUUCACACUCAAAAGAGAAAUCCACAAACACAUCUGAAAGAUGCCAACAUGAUGUGGGAUUUUUGGGGUCUUCGUCCUGAAUCCACACACCAGGUUAUGUUUUUAAUGUCGGAUCGUGGGACUCCAGAUGGAUACCGUUUCAUGAACGGUUACGGCUCGCACACGUUCAAGCUCGUCAACUCGGAUGGCAAGGCAGUUUAUUGCAAAUUCCACUUGAAGCCCAAAGAAAUCAAGAAUCUCUCAGCAGCUGAAGCUGCAAGGUUGGCUGGUGAAGAUCCGGACUACUCGAUCCGUGACCUCUACAAUGCGAUCGAGAGAGGCGACUACCCUCAGUGGACUUUCUAUAUUCAGGUGAUGACGUUCGAGCAAGCAGAGAGAUGGCCAAUGAAUCCUUUCGACGUCACCAAGAUUUGGCCUCAUGGCGAAUUUCCACUGAUUCCGGUUGGAAAACUAGUUCUGAACCGGAAUCCGAAGAAUUACUUCGCUGAGGUUUGCGAUGUGCUCUGGAUUAACGAUUUAAACGGAUUGGUCACUGUUGUUAUCUCAUGUCAAAAUGCAGCGUUCUGUCCAGCCCAUGUGGUCCCAGGAAUCGAGUUCUCUCCGGACAAGAUGCUCCAGGGUCGCCUGUUCUCCUAUACGGACACUCAUUUCCAUCGACUUGGUACGAACUAUAAUCAGCUACCGAUCAACUGCCCAUACAGAGCCCGGGCCCACAACACGCAGAGGGAUGGAGCUGCCACUUUCGACAAUCAAGGUGAGAGAACUUUGCCCAUGCAUUUCAGGGACGUCAGGCAUAAGUGA